AUGUUCGCAGGUCUGGCCUCUGGGCCCUCUCUCAGGCUCGCUAUCUCGGUAGACGACCUUCCGUCAUACGUGCCCCACGAUAAGAAUAUCCCGAAACUACCCCUCCUACUCCGCUUUCGUCUCCAGCCUGCCCCUCUCGAACUCUUCCAGCCGCGGCACGCCGUCGCCCUCCUUGAGGUCUCUCUGCCUCCCUGCCAACCCGGCGCAAGAGGCACCCCCGUGUCCGGCCCAGCGUCCGCGAGGCCGAUGUGA